UAAAGUUCAUUUCAUGAGUUCUCUUAUUUUUCUCAGACCAGUUCUGACGCUGAUGGAGUUCAUUCCUGCAGACUCAUAUUUAUUUAUUAUUUUUUCUGCAGCCUCACAGAUCAUUGAAAGAUUCAACAGGCUCCGUUUUCUUCAGCUUUUAAACCAGUGAACUUCCAGUGGGUCAGAGUGUUCCACAACCGGUCGGUUCACUUGCAUGUUUUUCUGGAAACUCAAGUUACAAAAUCUGUUCAUCACCGAAGCUUCAGACAUGUUAAACAGAUUAGAUGUGAACACAGUUCUGUGUUUUUAUCCGCUGUACUUCAGGUUUAAUGAGGUGUUUUUAUCCGCUGUAUUUUAUAUUUUUAUUUGCCUUUUUUCUUUGUUGUUUUUCAGGUUUUAUUUCAUAUUUUUGGCUCCUGGGUCCAGUCUGAGCCUCUCUCUCUCUUCUAGGAGGAGCCCCUGGACUCCUGGAAGCCUCCUCCUCUAUAAAGCCUCCAUCCUCUCCAGCCGCUCCAGGAUCCGCAGCAGGAGCCGCAGCGGCAGCAGAACAUCCGGACCAGCUGCUCUCUGACCCGCACAACCUCCGAACCUCGGCGGGGUUCUGGGAAAGUCUGUGGAGACGCUCGGAACAAGUUUCAGCGCAAAGACGCAAAGUUUGGAGCGGUGAGCGCGUCCAUGGCUGCUCUCAUCAGCGCGUACUCGUCGUGGCCCGAGUCCUUCGAGUGUCCCGGCGGGGACGGGGACGCGGCGGACGGUCACGGGCCGCACCGGACCGCCGCGGACAAGACGCCGGAACCGCGCAUCAGGAGACCCAUGAACGCGUUCAUGGUUUGGGCCAAAGACGAACGGAAACGUUUGGCGGUGCAGAACCCGGACCUGCAUAACGCGGAGCUGAGCAAGAUGCUGGGGAAGUCCUGGAAGGCGCUGACGCCCCCCCAGAAGCGUCCGUACGUGGAGGAGGCGGAGCGGCUUCGGGUGCAGCACAUGCAGGAUUACCCCAACUACAAGUACCGCCCCCGCAGGAAGAAGCAGCUGAAGCGGAUCUGUAAGCGGGUCGACCCGGGCUUCCUGCUGGGGGGUCUGGGUCCGGACCACGGCCCCCUGCUGCACCCGCUGGACAAAGACGAGGGCAGUGCUCCGCUGCCGGGGGUCCGCAGCUUCAGGGACGGCCCGUCCGGCGGCGGCUUCGACAGCUACCCCUACGGCCUGCCCACCCCCCCAGAGAUGUCCCCGCUGGACGCCGUGGACCAGGACCACCACGGACCCCCCUCCUACUACGACGACGGCCACCUGGGCAGCCCGCCCCCCUACCACGCCGACUUCCCCCAGACUCAGGGCCACUGCGGGUCCCACCUCCACCUGCCCCCCCAGGUGUCCUACUACGGCCCCGGCUUCCCUCAGGUCCACGGGGGGCUGCAGCCGGGCCAGCUGGGCCAGCUGUCCCCCCCGCCGGAGGCCCAGGCCCACCUGGAGACUCUGGACCAGCUGAGCCAGGCCGAGCUGCUGGGGGAGGUGGACCGGGACGAGUUCGACCAGUACCUGAACUCCACCGGCGGCUUCCACCCGGAGCAGGGCGCCGUGGUGACGGGACACAUCCAGGUGGCGUCCUCGGGCCCCUCAGAGACCAGCCUGAUCUCGGUGCUGGCCGACGCCACGGCGGCGUACUACAACAACUACGGCAUCUCGUAGGACGGAGGACUGGAGGACGUCUGAAGAUAAUUUAAGUGUUCUGUGUGAAUGUUGUCUUGGUCCUGCUCAUGUGGGAGUCUUACCUCAGUAGCUGUAACUCCAUGAGGUCUUAGUUUUCUUAUGCAAUCUAACAGAACCUUCUCUCUACUUAAUAAUAUAUAAUCAAGCUGAGAAUAAUAACGGUAACUAUGACUGUAUGCUGAUCUAGGUUUGUGAAGGACAAUAAUUUAAAAUAAAGAACAUUUUUAUAUUAA